CAUGACGACAUGCCGUGAGAAGAGAAAGGACCCCUGAAAUCUGUCGAAAUAGGACGCGGGCGAAAGAAAACUUCAGAAAAUCAUGUUUAUAACUCCCUUUUUCGUGCAGAGUUAAAGCUCAAAGAGCCAUAAUUAAAUUUAUGUGGAAUUAACGCGUUGACGCGGUUGUUUCACCCCAGAAGAGUGAUGUUUUUCCUCUGAGCUGGUAAAAAUCCGAGUGGUUAAGUUAGCGAGCUAAAGCUGCUCCGGCUGCGCAGUUUCGUUUCUGUGAAAACACCGAAACACCCUCAAACAGCCUAAACCCGGACUGUGACGCUCUGGUGGCUGCUUUAGUUUGGCAUGGGCUGACUCUGCCUUCCAUCUGUGGUUUGCUAACUACAACAUAAGCACAAAGGUAACUGUUUCAACUUGAAGAAGUUUAUUUGUUAUUGAUGGAGAAAGUCCCCGUGCCACAUAUGAUCAUGACUUACCAAAGUUUACGCCUUUCUUGGAUGUUUUUACGAAAACUGGGUGUCCAACUUGAUCAAAUGAUUAGUUUCCAUGAGGAUUCAUGAAGUCUGGUUUUAAAUGGGCCAGUUUGAUGACUAUGUUGCCGUACACAUCAACCCAAAACCCAAAGUCUCUGUGGGGGCUUUACUCCAGGAAAGGGGAAACGUACUAAAAAAAAUUUACGACCAAACUAAUCUGAUAGUUAAGCGCAGAAUGUGUGCCUGAUCAUGAAGUUGUGACUGUCAGCUGGCUCAAAGGUCUUUUGUUAGGGGGGCUUGGUGUGGUAAACAUGAGGGGCUUUACCCCAAAUUUCGGAGCGUUAUCUCCAUCUCUAUAAUUUGAGUUCUAAUAUAGAAGAGCUCUAUUAAUAUGAUCAUUAUUAUUAUUAUUGUUAUUUUGAUUGUUGUUAACCUUGCACCUGGCAGCCAGUAGAGCUCUGACAGCCAGUUAUAUUUUCUCUCACCUAUUUAAAAAGGCUGUACUUAAUUAUUUCCCCUCAAAGGGCCAUGUGCACUUGUCAAAUUGGAAUGUACUGAAUUUAUUUGAAAUAUUUAUUUUGACAAUGUAAAAACGAAAGACAGAAAAAGAAAAUAACAAAGGCAAAGAAACACAGGUACACUCAGUGACUGGUUGAUAGCUGUCCAAUGUCAUGGAAUGUUGUUGUUAGUCACUUUUUGGUGAGUAAACAGCACCGUAAAUGUGCCUCUCUGUCUGUGAGAAAGAAACAAAAUCUAUCAAUGCAUAAAUGAAUGAAUCGAUGGGUAUCAUGUGUUACAGAGUUUCAUACUUUUUACUGAACUUUAAUAUUUAUGUGUUUGUGUGUGUGUUUACAUAUAUGCCAUUUUUAGAAUUUACAUAUCAUGCCUGUGCAUCCCAGUUUGUCCUCUGUGUGCUUUGCUGUUCACACAAUGAAGUAGUAUUUCAUUCUCAUCGUCCUCUGCUUUGUUUCAGCCAGGAUGAAGAGGAGAAUUGAGGCUUCAGCAUCACAUCAUCCGACAAAGAGACACUGUGAGGACAGCAGCUCGGAUGAUGAGUCUCAAUUAUCUAGACAUGGUACAUUCAUUAGUUUUUCCCUGAUUACGUUGUCUGCUGUAAAUUUAAGGGUAAUAACAAAAGCUCUUUGCUAUAAUUUUGAUUCAUAAUUUUGGUUGUUGUGCUCACAAAUUUCACAUUGGAUACUUGAAAAUAUGUUACUCCAAGCUGGGAAUGGGGUUGCUUAUUAAGUACUCCAUUCAAGUCACUGCAGAGACCUGAUUUUUUUAUCUGUGGCCAGUACAAAAAGAGUCUUGUCAGAGCCGGUAUAAAUGUUAUUUAAAAAAAAACCUUACUGUAAUAACUUGCCCAAUAUACAAAAGUUGCUAAAUUUUGGGCAAAAAGUUUUAUCAGCAUAUCAGCAGUUUGUUUAUUCCUUUUUUUUUUUUUUUUUUUUUUUUUUUUUGACAUGUCAGGUCAUUGUUACAUAUCAAGUUCUAACAAGCCUUGAAACUGCAGUUUUGUCAUGUCAAGUGUAUCUUCUGUGUUUCUGUCUCCUCUUGUCUUUACACGGACAGAGGUUUUAACCUUUGUGUCUUUUUUUUCCCACCAGAUUCAAGCCAAAAUGAUUCCCUCAGUGACCAGGAUGACCAUAGACCAGGAUUCUCCAUGCCCUCCAUGUCAUCUUUUGAUGACCAAGAUGCUGAUGGCACAAAGACCGCCUCUAAUUUUUCCAUGUACAACAGUGUGUCACAGAAACUCAUGGUAAUAUAUUAAAAUGCUGUCAGCAGAUGCCGUUUGUAUUCAGAAAAGCGUUUUCCUGCUGUUUUUUCUAACUCAAUUUUAAUUCUCACCAACUACGUCUUCAGGCAAAAAUGGGCUUUCGUGAGGGCGAAGGUCUGGGUAAGUUCAGCCAAGGUCGCAAAGAAAUCGUGGAGGCCUCCACUCAGCGAGGAAGAAGGGGUCUUGGUCUCACUCUGCAGGGUUUCCAAGGAGAGCUUAAUGUCGACUGGCGUGAUGAACCAGAGGUAAACAGCAGCUAAUAAAUACCACACCUUUCAAUUUGUCCCACAACUGCAAAUAUGGCUUGAGAAAUGUAGCCUUCUCUUGUUUUGUCUCUAAUUUGAAACAACCAGAACGAUUUUCUUUCGACUGUUGUAGGGAACUAUUUAUGCUAUCUGUAGUUACCUAAUUUGCUUGCUUGAUUGUUUGAUUGAUUGAUUCAUUCAUUCAUUCAUUCAUUCAUUCAUUCAUUGUCUUUCACUGUUGGUCCGUCCAGCCUAGUGCCAAAGAGAAGGUGGACUGGUUCCCAGAAUGCACCACAGAAACUCCAGAUGCAGAUGAGCUGAGAGACUGGAUGAUUCUCGGAAGGGUAAAUAUGCUUCAGACCAGGAAUGAGCAUUUUAAGAGAGUCCCUUGAUUGAUUAAUCAUAUCAAUUAAUGAUCAAUCACCGAUUUGUUUUUUUGAAUGGCAAAAAAUAUGCAAAAACAUGUACAUGAAAAUCAUGUUUGUGAUACAUAGUUUAACUUCAAGACCAGUCUUUUGCCUCGUAAGUAAAGAUUUUGUUAUUCAAGCUUUGUUUUUGACCGUCACAGAGAAAACUUAAGAUCGAGGAUGAGACAGAGUUCUGCACUGAAGAUCUCCUGCACACUCUUCUAAGGUGCAAGGUGAGUUACAAUUUCUAUUUCAUUUCCAUUUCCCUUUUUUUUAACGAACAUGCAAACGUGUUUCAAAACAUGAGAAAAAAUCUCAAAUAUCAUGUAUCAUUUAGAGUUACUUUACUAAUUUUAAGUCAUAAUGAAAAAAUUAACUUCUUUAUGAUAGCUUAACUUUUUAAGACAUACUAGUACAACAUGUGAAUGAAUAUUUCAAUAUGAAUUUUGUAUACAAGUUAUCCCAGGUCUUAGGAGGUUUUACUCUUCCCCUUUGUGUCUUUCAUAUAAAAUAACUGUAAGGUUUUUGUAAUCCUAUUUCUUCACUGUAGUGUGGUAAGUAAGAUCAAAAUAUGUAACGUGUUCAAUGUUUAAAACCCUUUAAAUGGAUUCCUCUGCUAGAAUAGACCCGUAUCAAUAAGCUGACAAAGUGCUGACGUUUAACUGCUGUGUCUGUUUGAUGUCCAGACUGUGUUUGAUAACUUGGAGAGUGAGGAGAUGAGGAGAGCGCGAACCCGAUCCAACCCCUAUGAGACAAUCAGAGGAGGGAUCUUCCUCAACAGGUCAGUCAGUACAUGAGGAUAGGCUCCACAAAGUACAGUGUGGAUGAUACUGUAUUCUUUAACUGUAAAUCUAAGAACCGAUUACUAGUACAUUUCUGCCGAGAGGUGGUUUGUGUUUGAGUACACAUUUGUUAAUAACUGUGCAUACAGUAUGAUUUUAGUUCUACCAAAGCAAAUCAUAUGAUAAAACAUCCAAAAAAUGUAAAUUGGUACAUUACAUGAUUCAUUUUAGUGAUAGCCUACUUUCCCCCUUCAGUAACACAGAUAUCAAGGCAUACAGUGAAUGUUUGUUUAUCAACUAUUAUGCAGCUGUGUCUGUUCUCCUGGGAAAUGCUCCAUAUUUUUCAAGAGUGGUUUGUAUCAUAAAUACCUUUUAGGCAAUUCAAGGGUUUUCAUUCUGUUUUUAGAGCAGCUAUGAAAAUGGCAAACAUCGACCACUGCUUUGACAACAUGUUUACAAACCCAAAGGAUCUACAAGGGGUGAGUUUGAUGAAGUUUCUGCUUAUUCGUGGUGCAUGAUGGUACAUCAGCUCAUACAAGCAGAUGGUGAAAAAAAUACUCUCUUUAUGCAGAAACCUCUGACAAGGGACCGUGACGGAGAGCUCCUUUACUUUGGUGACGUCUGUGCAGGGCCCGGAGGAUUUUCAGAGUACAUCCUGUGGAGGAGGCAUUGGCAUGCCAAAGGCUUUGGCAUGACACUGAAAGGCCCCUGUGACUUUAAGCUUGAGGAUUUUUAUGCAGCGCCAAGCGAACUUUUUGAGCCUUAUUACGGUAUGCACACAAACCUGUUCAUCAUGUUCAUGGGGCAGCUCAGGUGAUAAAUGAUUCACUGAAAGCUUGACCUCUGUUUGUCCCAGGGGAGGGAGGCGUGGACGGAGAUGGAGACAUCACCAGGCCAGAAAACAUGACGGCCUUCAGAAACUUUGUCCUGGAGAGCACAGAGAAAAGAGGGUUGCACUUCCUCAUGGCAGAUGGGGUGAGGCUAUUUGAAAUUAUUUUUCCAAACAUGCUGAAUCACUUUUCUGCUGUUAAAAUAAUCCUCAAUUUACUCUUUGCACACACAUAUUCCUGUGUUAACUGAGAUGUCAGUGUGUGUGGUGACUCUCUCUCUUUCUCUUUCUCUCUCUCUCUCCCGCUCUCUCUCAUUCCCUCCUGCAGGGUUUCUCUGUGGAAGGACAGGAAAAUAUCCAGGAGAUCCUGAGCAAACAGCUGCUCCUCUGUCAGUUCCUCACUGCUCUGUCUACACUCAGGACAGGUAUGUGUUAAUGUGUGUAAAUGGAUGCAUCACCUUAUACGAGCACUAAAAUGUCUCUUGUUUUAAACUCUAUUAAAGUAGACAGUAUCUGAUGAGUCUAGUUUUUCUUCAGUCUUGUCAAAUCAGUGAAGACAUUUCUUUUUUGGUCAUGAUUUACCUACAAUGGUGUGAAGUUAGUCUGUACUUGUGUGUCCAUGUGAUAAUUGUGAUGGAUUCUGGCUCAAUGUUAGCAUCUGUUUAUGUCUCCUCCAGGUGGUCACUUUGUCUGUAAGACCUUUGACCUCUUCACCCCCUUUAGUGUGGGGUUAGUCUACCUGCUCUACCUCUGCUUUGACAGGAUCUCUCUCUUCAAACCUCUCACCAGCAGGCCGGCCAACUCUGAGAGGUGGGGCUGUGUCUCUUUAGUCUCUUUAGCUUUCAUUUAUGUAUCCAUGGCAGCUUCUAGUUGAUAUCUGGACAUUCAGGACUAUUAAAGUGUUCACAUUUGCUUUGAUAUUUUAAAACGUUCUGCAUGUUAGAGGAUCUUCCUUGAUCUUCUUCCCUCAGUGAAGUUUUGUCAGAUACUGAUAAGUCAACUGAACUGUGUUUCUUUUCUUUGGAGUGGAGUAUGAUUUGCUCUAAAAAAAAAGACUUCUUGUGCAGAAUAUUCUGACAGCUGUUGUCCUCUUCCUGCAGAUACAUCGUGUGCCGGGGCCUGAAGCCCGGUACAGACGCUGUUAGGGAGUAUAUGUUCAGAGUCAACCUGAAACUGAACCAGCUGAGGAACACAGACUCUGAUGUCACAGAUGUGGUUCCUCUCAGCAUCAUCAAAGAGGACACAGACUUCUACCAGUUUAUGGUCAACUCCAAUGAGAGGUAAAGAGAGACAGCAGUUAUAGAGAUCUGAUCUGCGAAAUUGAGUGGCUGAUGGAAAAUGUUUGAACUCUCUUUGCAGCCUCUGUGCAGUCCAGAUCAAGGCACUGGCCAAGAUCCAUGCCUUUGUUGUUGACCCGUAAGUAUGUCCAUGUAGAUUCUCAUUCAUCCAGGUCAUGGUUUUCUUGAGAAAGAAAACCCGUAAGUAACCUUUCUCUUGCUUGUCUACAGCUGUGUGUGGUGGUAUUCGUGUGACCUUACUCUAGUUUUGUCCCUUCAGGACCCUCUCAGAGCCACGGCAAGCAGACAUCAGGAAGGAGUGUCUGAAACUCUGGGGAGUGAGUUGACAAGCUCCUGCAUGUAAAAAGCUGAAAUCAGACUGAGAGAGGAUUCUUAAAAAUAAAAGCGUUUGUUGAAAUGGUUUUCUUUGUCAUUUCAUCCUCAAACACAGUUUGUGUCCAUUUCCAGAUCCCAGACAAAGCCAGAGUCACUCCUGCCUCCUCAGAUGCCAAGUCUAAGUUCUAUGAACUGCUCAAGGUCAGUUGUCUCACCCUUAAUAAAAACCUAGGUUAAAUCAAAUGUUUUGGAUUGUGUACAUUUUGGACUGCUCUAAAACUCUAAACACAGCUAUCAAGCUGAAACUUUUCUGACUUUCUGCCUCUGUGAACAUCUGUUGCACCAAAGAAUCCAGAUGUGGAGACGUUCCAAUGUAAGCUGACGCCUCUCAACUCCAGCACCCUUGAGAAGUUGCGUCAUAUCCUUGACCACAGGUGCAUUGUGGGAGGAGGAGAGCAGAUUUUCCUCUUGGCGCUGGGGGUGAGUCAGGGGAGACAUACGAGACCCAACUGUUUCAUCUGAUUGCAGUUACAUUUCACGCAACUCUUGCACUUCAUGGUUUGGACAGAGUAGGAUUGGAAUGUUUUUCUUUGGAUGUGUCUUUUUUGUUAUCUGAUAACAGCUGUUAUGUGGACUGUUAAAGUGAUACUAUACCAUCCCAGUGUCACAGCCAAACUCUGCUGUUUCAUGUGAAGUUGUCUCCUCUUCUUCUUAAAAAGCAUUAAAAAGGAUUGCCCUGAUAAGCCAGUCUGUACCUUUAAAAUGUAUUUUUCAAUUUGGAAAUAGCCAGAGGGCUUAAACCAGUUCCAUUUCUUUAUCGUUUUUCCCUCUGUGCCUCCUUUGCUUCCGUAGAAGUCUCAAAUCUACACAUGGGAUGGGAAGAUGCCUCUGCGGUGGAGGAAACUGGAGAAUUUUAAGCUGGAACUGCCAAGAGAUACACUUCUGAGUGUGGAGAUUGUCCAAGAGCUGAAGGGCGAGGUGAGAGGAGGGGCAGUACACAUGAAAUAUGGGAGACAGAUUCCAGAUCUCCUAAGACCUGGCUCGUCUGUUAAAUGUUGAAAUAAUAAUGACAGCUCUUGAAAGAUCAUUUUUACUUCAUAAAAAUUGUUCAAAUCCUCUGACCCCAAAAAAGAGACCACUGCAUUUUGUCAUAAAUACGACCAAACAAGCUUGUUAUUUGCUGCUCAUGGGUUUGUUUUCACAUGUAUUGAUCAAAGUAUUUUGUCUGCAGGGCAAAGCUCAGCGCAGAAUCAAUGCAGUUCAUGUGAUGGACGCUCUGAUUCUGAACGGCACUGAUGUCAGAGAUAAACACUUUAACCAAAGGUAGGACAACAACACCACCACAGCUUUGGGGGUUUUAUCCUUAAAUUUUGUUUUAGAUAAUUAAUUUUCUAUUUAGAUAUUGAGAAUAAACACUCACAUUUCUGUUGCUGAAUUGACCUGCAAUGAAUCUUUUGCGUGUCUAGGAUCUACAUGGCGGAGAAGUUUGUGAAGGCAGUGGCCAAACCCAGCAGACCAGACAUGAACCCAAUCAGGUGUUUAUUCAGAUGAAGGGAAUUGUUUGAAAUGCUACUUUGUAACUUUAAAUGCUCUCAUAUCACUAAACUAAAAAUAAAAACGGUAGGAAAAUACACAUGAACAUAUACUGUCUACUUUUACAUCACUAAACAUAUACAGGACUCUUCUGGAAAUCUGAUCAAAUCUGCUGUGUUACCUUUGAUUCAGACAAAUGCUUGAGCUUUGUUCAUAGGAGUAAGGUUUGUAGUUUUUAAGUCCACUUUGCAGCUUACAAAGGGAUGAUGUGGAAACGUGUAAUAGAAAUACUUGCUUAUUCAAGGAUCAUUUAUUUUAUAAUGAAGUGGAAGGAUUAGUGGUUUCUCAGACUAUUCUUAAUGGAUUAUUGAGUGUGUGUGUUUUAUGGAAAACGGUGAUUAUUCAUUUGACCUUUUUAUUUACAUUUUAAUCUGGAAUCAUCUCAACUUUCAAUUUUCUGUUUUUCCCGAACAGGGUGAAAGAGGUUUACAGACUGGAGGAAAUGGAGAAAAUCUUUGUCAGGUAUGGCAGGAGCCGUGUUAAAUCUUCAGUGUGUUUAAAAAAAAAAGAAAAAACAUCUGUGACAUAUCAAUUCAAGAACUCAACUUUUGAAUUUUUUUUUCUUUUUGUAUUCAUCUAGAUUGGAAAUGAAGGUGACAAAGAGUUCAGGAGGAGUCCCGCGUCUGUCCUACACCGGCAGAGAUGAUCGACACUUCCUCCCCACGGGCCUUUACAUCAUUAAGACUGUCAACGGUAUGAAUGUGUGUGUGUGUACAUGUGCUGCAGCUCACUGAUGCUUCAAAUUUGAUAUGGUCUUUGUGGAGUAAUUUACUAAUGCUUCUAUUUUGUAAUUCUGAUCUAACAUCAGAGCCGUGGACCAUGGCGUACAGUAAAAACUCCAAGAUGAAGUUCUUCUUCAAUAAGACCACUAAAGAGUCGACCUAUGAGAUGCCGCCAAGCUCUGCCGCUCCCUUCCAGUAUGUUCUGUUUCCAUAUUUGAUUCAUUUACUUUAUACCAGAAAACCUUGACACUGUUGUUAUUGAACAUGAAUGUGUGUCUAUCUUCAUUUUCAGUGUCUGCCACUCAGAGAGGCUCUUCUGGGCCUGGGUGGAUGGGGUCAUUGUUCACGACUCCCAGACUCGGGUGGAUCCUGAGAAACUGUCCAAAGAUGAUGUUCUGUCCUUCGUCCACCAGAACUACCAACCCUGAAACAUUCACAGAGCCCCAGAACUGCACCCGAAACAACCUGAACACAGAAUGCUCGUACUUAUCGAAGAUAGAGAGCCUUAUAAAAGUGUAUCAUAUACAGUGCUCUUGAUUGAUACACAGCUCAUACCCCGCCAAAAAAAUGACCAGUGUAUCAAUCAAACUGUAGUAAUUUUUGAAGAAAUCCCAUUAGUAUUUACUGUUAAAUAUCAAUAUCAAUAAAUGAACUGUCUAAUGAACAUUUGAAGGGCCCAGUUUUCCUCUCAAUGAUGCCACCAAAAGAAAUUAUAAACAAGUUGUAGCUGCAGCUCUAAUGCUCUGGUGAUGAUUUGUGUGCUGCUGUUUGUCACAGUGACAUUUGUACUCUCUAAACAAUAGACUUUUGACAACCCUCUCUAUCUCUCAGCCUUUUCCAAAACAGUCUCCUCUCAUAGGACAGUGGAGAAAAAAGCUGCUUUGGUCAUUGGAUUAGAUUGCAUGUCCCUGCAGUUUAAAUUUUUACUGUCCCUUGUCCUCAUACUAUACCUGUGAGUGUGUGUGCAUAUUUCAGAAAAGCUGCAGUUUGUAUUGUGCAUACAAAGUCACAAAUGUUAAACCAUACAUCCUUAAGUCUCAAGACUCCUGCUUGCCUUGUUCAACGCCUGCUUGGUAUGCAGCUGUCCCUCUCAUCUCCAAAGAAACCAUAAUCUGUGUACAAAAGCUCCUAUACAAACAGGCUGCCAACUGUAGAUGAAACUGCAUAAUUUUAGUCACCUGCAGAGGUUAACCACAACACCACCUCAGUUUUUAAAUCAGCUACACAUGUAACAACUGUUUCAAUUCAUUAAAUGGUCCUUGACACCGUGUUUGUUUGUGUGUAUAUUCAAGAUUUAAAAGGUUAAAAUUAGGUUUUAGUUUGUUCGCCUCUGUAUGUGCCUAAUAUCAUCUGAACUGUGUUUCUUAAAUGUUGUUUUUUUUUUCUUGUAAAGUUCGGUUUGGUGUAAAUACUGAUAAUGUAGUUAAUAAAAGGGAGGUGCUCUUCCAGGAAACUGCUUUUAACUGUGUGGUGGAGAUUGAUUUAAGCAAUGGUUUGAUAAAACUUUUUAUUCUCAAGCACAUGCAGGACUGCUGAUGUAGUUUAUUUGAUACAGAAAUUGUACAGAACUCCCAAACUAGGAAUGACAGCUAAGUUCUUCCAUUGGGUUCUAACAUUUCAAUACAUAAGAAUACACUAUCAGUACCAAUCAAAAUGUACAUUAAAGAAAAGCCUUUGUGACUUAAAAGUUAGAACCAUAAUUUCCUAUUUUGUGACUGCAUCCAAGGCCCUCGCAGACCUUUUUUUUUUUAUUCCAAGUGGUUUCACAAACAGCAAUUGGAUAAAUAAACUCAUCCUCAGAGUGUAUAUGGAGGACACGGAAUAAA